UUUGCAGUGAACUUGAGGACGAGGCCGUGUACACACACUCAUGGACCGAGAGGUCCUCCCUGUCACGAUAUGCUGUGAAUUCUGUAGUUUGACCGUUAAUGAAAAUAGAUUGAAUGUAAAUAAACAGAGAUGGCCGCCCUACAUCAGAACAUCAAAAAGCAGAAGCUGAUGGUGGCUGCCAUCGACUUCGGUACCACCUACUCCGGCUACGCAUUCUCCUUUAAAGAGGACUACAAAACCAACCCCCUUCAAAUCUCCAUCAACCAGAACUGGAUUGCAGGUUCCAGAAGUCUGGUAUCCUUCAAGACUCCAACAUGUAUCCUGUUUGACAAAUCUGAGAAAUUCGUAGCAUUCGGAUACGCAGCAGAGGACGAAUACUCGGAACUAGCUCUCGACGAAAAACAUGGCGACUAUUACUACUUCCGGCGGUUCAAGAUGACGCUAAUGGAGAAAAACCUUCAAAGGAACACGUCCCUGGAAUCAGAAAAUGUGACCAAACAAAUGGCGGCCAAGACGGUGUUCGGGGAAUCAGUUAAGUACCUAAAGAACCACUUACUGAGCACACUGGACACGCGUGGCACGACAGUGGUCAACUCGGACAUCCAUUGGGUCCUAACUGUCCCUGCAAUAUGGAAGGACAAUGCCAAACAGUUUAUGCGGGAGGCUGCAGACUAUGCCGGAAUUAAGGGGGAACAACUCACCAUCUGUCUGGAACCGGAAGCAGCUUCACUGUACUGCCAGCAUCUGCCUAUGGACAAGUUCAAGGGCAAUGUGACUUUCAAGGGAUCAACUUCAAAAUACAUGGUUGUAGAUUUAGGAGGUGGUACCGCCGACAUCACGGUUCAUGAGAAGCAGCUGGAUGGAACGCUUAAGGAGGUACACGAGGCCAGCGGUGGUCCCUGGGGAGGCAAGUACGUGGACGAGAGGUUCACGGAUCUUCUCAUUGGUCUCGUCGGCCAUAAGGUGAUGCAAGAAUUUUCUGACCAGAACAAGGCUGACGCCUUGGAUAUUUAUCGAGAAAUCGAAACUAAAAAACAAACCAUAAAACCGGAAAUGACAGGAAAGGUGACGGUGAAGGUCCCAGUGUCCUUGGUGGAAACAUUUAAACGGCUGACAAAACAGAACAUUAAAACCGUUAUAGAAAAAUCUAAGUAUCAGGGUAGAAUGACAUGGACGGGCGAUAAACUACGAAUGGAAGCCGACUUAUUCCAUGAGCUAUUUACUGAUGGUAAGGAUAAGUUAUUGUCACAUUUACAUGAAAUGUUUCAAUUGAAAGACGUGGCGGAAGUAACAACAAUUUUGAUGGUUGGAGGAUUUUCAGAAUGUGAAAUUCUCCAGGAUGCGAUGCAGAAAAAGUUCGGUUCAUCCCGUAAAAUCGUCAUACCAGAAGAUGCUGGCUUAGCGGUGUUAAAGGGAGCGGUUUUAUUCGGACACAAACCACAAACGAUUACUCAAAGAAAGGCCAAAUAUACGUACGGUAUUAAUAUCUCACCGACGUAUGACCGAACGGUUCACUCGCCAACUCGGCGAGUGACCAUUGACGGGGUUGAUAGGGUCAAGGACGUAUUUAAGAAAUACAUUGGAAAAUGUCAACCCCUUAGAGUCGGAGAAGCUGUCACCGGAAGACACGUGACCAUCAAACGGAGCCAACGUGAAAUGCUACUGAAGGUGUACGCCUCCGUUGAUGCCGACCCCAAGUAUGUGACGGACCGGAACUGUGAGUUUUUAGGUAAAGUUGUGGUGGAACUUCCGGAUUCAGACGAGCGCUUGACUGUGGAAGUAAGCAUGAUCUUCGGCGAGACGGAACUGAUGGUGGAGGCGAGGGAACAGACUCCAGGCCAGGUCGCUAAAACUCACCGGGCAUAUUUCGACUUCCUGUGAACGAAACUAUCCCUUUAAAUUGUGAUUCGUCAUCAUAAUCGAUAAUAACAUAAUGACAGUGGCAUUGAUGUACGGCCGAUAUGCCUCUACGAGUAUCGUGGAUUACAUUAUACUUACUUAUACAGAUUAAAUGGUGAAAGUGCUUUCACAAUCAAAACAUAAAUUUUAAAAGAUUUUAUAAAUCAGCUUUUUCUGUUUGCAUUUACAAUUUGAUUUCACGACUGUUUUAAGAGAUGAAUUGGUUAACCUCGUACUUGUAAACGGCAAACUAAAUGGUGAUAACUCCUUUUGACUCUUUUGUCAAAGGAAGCUAUUGGUUUGUAAUAAAUAUAUAGCAUUU